GGUCUCGCUUCCCGGGUGGCUGGGGGGAAGAAUUUAAGAGCGGGACCGCGAGCCGCGCUUGUAAACAGACAGCGGGGCUGGGAUGGUCGGCGGCCAGACGGGCUGUCACGGUGAGGCGGGCUUGCUGCGAAGCCGAGCCCCAGCCAGGAGUAGGCUGCAGGCCCCGCAGGAAAUUAAGGAUUGCAUGGCAUUGCUUUGACAAGCACUUCCUGUUAUCUUUACAGAGAUCUCAAUGAAGAAUGAUCUCAAAGGAGCAUUUGUCUUCCCACAUCUCUGCUAAUGGCCAGUAGCUACUAGCAAAUGCUCUUAAUGACUGAAAAAACAUCAACUAUCCUUGUGCUUGGCCUGCUCUAGGUAGUCGAAUGAAGGUUUCUUUCAGUUGUUUCCAGAACUCAGUUGCUGAAGCGCACCUCUCUUUGUUGGGUGAAUGAAUGUUCAUGAAGCCCUUUCCUGAACCAGCUGAGGAGCCUUAGGCCUCUUGGAGCCUGUGACAUGGAAGCUUUGGAAGUGGAUGAUAUCAGCCCAGCCUUGGAAGUUACUGAGGAUUUCUUUAGUACUUUUGAUACUAAGCUAGAAAAGGCUGUGCAGCAAGCUGAGGUUUAUGGGAUUCAGGAAGUCCCUGAAUUGGUGGGGCACGAGGUCCUCACUAACAUAACAGACAAUGGUGCUAUCAGAAAUGUUGCCUCCCUGGGCAAGGGGGGCCUGAUUUGGGACCACUGUAAGAGCAAGCUCUUAGAAACCAAAGCUCAAAAUGUCUUCCCUGCCAAAGAACAGUUUAUGGUUCAGAAGGGGACAGCCCCAGAUAAUCUUUCGUGGAUGGAACAAAAGGAAGCAUCGACCUUUAAUUUUUUCAACAUCUGUCCGCGUCGGAGGGACAGGCCUCGCUCCGUCAAUGACUUAUUGGAUGAGACCUCUACUUUCAAGCCAGGCCAUGCUCGGUCAAGGUCAGAUAUUACCCAGGUGGACUGGAGGCUAGUCCUCCAAACCAUGCCUCUGCAGCAGCAACCGUGUCUUCGGGGCCCUCAUUUCACCAGGACAGCUUUUCUGUCAUCCUCACCAAAUAAGGUCGAAGAUGCUCAAGGGAAUACUGAACACAAGCAGGCAUUCCCAAACAUUCUGAAGAAGGGGUACCUGGAGAUUAGGAAGGACCAUGACAGUUACUGGCAAAGCUGUUACGCAGAACUCUCCCCCUACAACUUCUACUUCUACAGCCUUGACAGCAGUGGCAAUCAAGCCCUCUAUGCCACCUACCAGCUUUCACACUUCCAGAGCAUAUCUGUUUUGGGCAACCUCGAGGCCAGGCUGGUGGAUACCGUUCUGUAUGACAACACUCAGCUGCAGUUAAAGGCAGAGUCACCAUGGGAGGCUUUGGACUGGGGGCAGAAGCUUUGGGAAGUCGUGCACGCUGCCGUGCCUGGUUAUGUGGGGCGGCAAGAUGAGCUGGCCAACUCACCAGGGCUUGGUCAUCACGUUGACUGUACACAGAAUCACUGUUUACAGAAGAAAUCCAGUGAGCUGCUCGCACCAUCCCCUGUCUUGGAUAGUCCCAGACAGUACCAAAACAUCAUCAAAUCAGGGACGCUGUACAGGCUCACCAUCCAGAACAACUGGAAGGCAUUUACUUUUGUGCUUAGCAGGGCCUACCUUAUGGCUUUCCAGCCUGGCAAGCUAGACGAGGAUCCCCUGCUAAGCUACAAUGUGGACGUGUGUCUGGCUGUCCAGGUGGACAACCUGGACGACUGUGACUCUUGCUUUCAAGUCAUUUUCCCCCAAGAUGUCCUCCGCCUCCGCGCUGAGACCCGGCAGAGGGCCGAGGAGUGGAUGGAGGCUCUGAAAACAGCAGCCAAUGUGGUGAGGAGUUCAGAGCAAAACCUGCAAGUCACCCUGAGGAGCAAACCCAAGGAUCAGAUGGGUGGGCACGAACUCAGGAAGAACAAACGUCAGUCUGUGACCACCAGCUUCCUCAGCAUUCUCACAACUUUGUCUUUGGAGCGAGGACUCACUGCUCAGAGUUUCAAAUGUGCAGGAUGCCAGCGAUCCAUAGGCCUUUCCAGUGGGAAAGCCAAGGUGUGCAAUUACAGUGGGUGGUAUUACUGCAGCAGCUGCCAUGUAGACGACAGUUUCCUCAUCCCCGCACGCAUAGUCCACAACUGGGAUACUUCGAAAUACAAGGUAUCUAAGCAGGCCAAAGAGUUUCUGGAGUACGUGUACGAAGAGCCCCUGAUCGACAUCCAGCAGGAGAACCCCAUGCUGUACCGCCACGCCGAGCCCCUGGCCACCGUGGUGCGGCUGCGGCAGCGGCUGAAGUCUCUGCGCGCCUACCUGUUCAGCUGCCGGGCGGCUGUGGCCGAGGACCUGCGCCGCAGCUCCUGCUGACCUCCAUUUGGACAAACCAACAGAAGAGGCAGAAGCUAAUCUUGAAAUGAUUUUCCAGCCUACUUACUUGAUUCACUCUGUCUCCAUGUCUUAGCCCUUGUGCCACACUGCUCUUGAUGUACUUUAUUUAAGGGAUUUCGUUAUUAAGCAAUCAUUGUUGGAAGAUUAUUCCUCCCACUGAACCAUGUUCAAAUGUCCUGUGUCCCUGUAUUAGAUUAUCGUACGUCGCUAUCCUACGUGCCCCACUCUAAGACUCUCCUAGGUUUCCUGUUCAGCACAUAUGUUC